AUGAUGAAGUACUGUUGGCUUUAUAGGAAUAUUUUACAUUUCUUUCGUUUUUCGCAAUUAUCCACAAAAAUUGCAUCUAUCACUACCCUCCUAAUGUACACGGUGUUGACACUAACCAAUAACUGUAUACAUUUAGAAUAUUUACGUAGAGAUUUCAAAACAUUUCAAUAUCCAUUUUACAAAAGCGAUCAAAUCAUCAAUCUGUCACAAUCGUAUAACAUGGUAGAAUUUUGUAUAAAUCCUGUAAAAGUAGUAGAAUAUUUUCAAUUAGAGCAUUCUGAUAUUAUAUGUAAAACUGAAGGUAUCGAUAAUGCGACUAAAUGGAGGAAUACUCAAUAUUUACUUUCACAAAAUAAUUACUUAAUUAAUUCAAAUUAUGAUUGCAAUAAUUUCCAAGAUUAUUACAUAAGGAAUGAACAAUCUUCCCUACACUAUGACAUUAAAAUUGAUUAUCAAUUAAAACAAAGUAUAUUAUCACACAAUCAACAUAUGACAACUUUGUUAUCACUGAUAUAUCAAGUUUGUCAACCACUUGAACAUUCAAACGAGUAUCACAAUAAAAUGUCUCCUGACAAAUCUAUAAAUGUUUCUAUAGAAAGUAAUCAAGAACAACAUACUCCGCAUAUUCAUAAUAAAAAUUUUAAUCAAAUGAAUUCAUUUUAUACUUCCUAUUCAUCAUAUCAUCCAGAGGAACGCGUUGACACUGAGAGUCAUAUGAUGCUCAUAUCACAUCUUAGUAAACAUCAACUGAAACAAUUCAGAGACAAUCAUGAUAAACAUACCAGAUUACAGAAAACUAACUGUAAGCAAACGAUUAGAAAUCGUACUGCUAGUAAUUAUAACAAUAUCUCAAAUUACACAAUGAAUGUAUAUGGACAUAGUCAGUCAGUUCGUGUGGAUCAAAAAAGUAUUUUCGUUAUAGAUCGUCCAUCAUCGUCGUUAAACGUAUCAUCACCAACAACAAUCUACAGGUCGGCCACGUCGAUUCAUCAUGUUCCACACUCAUUAAAAAAUGAAUUAUCAGUAAAUAAUGAAACGAAGAAAGGCAGUCAACAAAAUAAUAAUCCAAUAUUAAGUUUUCAAUAUGUUGAACCACAUACAGUCGAGUUACUUGUAGUUGUUACUGAAAGUAUGAAACAACAAUUUGGUCCAUUAAUUAAUGAAUAUCUUCUUUCUACUAUGACAACGGUUUCAACACUUCUUCGGCAUCCAAGUUUGAAAAAUUCAAUACAGCUAAAUGUUGUGGAUAUUAUACUUUUGGAUCCUGUUUACGCACGCAGACAUAAUCUUGAGGACUGGUUAAACAGCAAACAAGAACAAGUUAUGGCCAGAUUUUGCAAAUGGGUUAAUCGACUAAGAACGCCGACGUACACUUGGGAUUCAGCGAUUUUAUUGAAUGUUGGACAUUUCAAAUCUACAGCGCUCGGAGUCGCACACUAUCGAUCAAUGUGUAACCCAGAAAGUUCAUGUUUAGCUGUUCUUGAUCGCGGAUUUGGAACAGGAUAUAUAAUAGCACACGAACUGGGACAUCAGCUUGGAGCCAAACAUGAUUUUGAAUUAAACUCUAGUUGUGGACUGGAAGAACAGAAUCAUCAUAUGGUUGAUCCUCAAACAAGAAGCAGCGCUCACGAUUUAAAAUUAGGUACAUAUCCUUAUUAUCAAUCUGGUGAUGAAUGGAACUACAGAGAAGACUAUCGUAAUUCAGAUGUUCAUCAAUACGAAUUUGUUCGACGAGAUACCAUCAUGUCUGGUACAUUAUACUUUGAUCAAUUUCCUUUAAGAUGGUCUGCAUGUAGUCGACAAGCUAUACACUUAUUUAUAGAAUCAAAUGCUGCUAAUUGUUUAAGACAUUUAAACUCUGAAACAACAUUUUAUUCAGCUGAAAAGUUAGCUAGUCAAUCUAUGGAUAAUCGUCCUGGGCAAAUAUUCUCACUUAAUCAACAAUGUGAAUUUGUGUUAAAAAUUAAAGGAACACUAUUCUGUGGUCAGAUGCUUCCGGCUUGUCGCCAGCUAUAUUGUCAAGAUAGUGAACAUAGAUCAUGUUUACCAAUGGAAACGGCUUGGGCUGAGGGAACACCAUGCGGGAGCAGUAAAUGGUGUAUUCAGGGACGAUGUGUAUCAACUAAUGAAAAUCCAACUCCAUUACAUGGAAAUUGGGGUGAAUGGGGAUCAUGGUCAAAGUGUUCACGUAGUUGUGGUGGUGGAGUACAAUUUUCCGAGCGUGAAUGCAAUAAUCCUGAACCUCAGAAUGGUGGUAAUUUUUGUCAUGGAACACGAAUUCGAAUGAGGUCAUGUGAAACUGAGCCUUGUGAGAAGCAACUUAAUAUUCGCCAAACGUUAUGUGAUAAAAUAGAUGGACAAUACAAAGGUCAAUUACGAGCUUACUUUCCGAAACUGGGUGAGCCUACAUCAUGCAAUUUGAUCUGUUUGUAUAAUUCCCAUUCUGUAUCCCAUGGUUUCAGCUUACCAGAUGGAACACCAUGUUAUACACAAAGAGAUGAUAUAUGCAUAAAAGGCAAAUGUUGGGAAACUGGCUGUGAUGGUAUUUUGGGCUCUCGAUUACGUUUUGAUCGUUGUCGUGUAUGCGGUGGAGAUAAUAGUACUUGUGAGGAAAUUAAAGGCGUUUUCAAUGGAAAUACAUUAACUCCACCUGGUACUUAUCCACGUGGCUUAAUCACAGCUGUACGUAUUCCGAAAGGAGUUACAAAUGCGUUUGUCAGAAAAGUUUCUCAUCGUAUUAUUCCCUACUCCUCAGAUUCGUAUGACGAUUUUAUGUUGUUGAUAUUUGAGGAAUUAAAAACUCAAAUACGUAGAGGUGAAACACAUGAACCAUUUGCUGGAGCCGAGCUUUACUACAGUGGUAGUCGUAGUCGUGAAGAAAUCGUUUCAAUUACUGGAAGGCUCAAUAAAGAUGUGAAUAUUGUUAUUCGUGUCGAAAACUCGCAUACAACUCAAUCUUUACCAAGAGUAGAAUACAGUUACUUUAUUGAUAAAUCACAAAAAAAUAAUUCACUAUAUUUCAUUGCGGAAAGUGAAGCACGAUUAGCUGAAGACAGAAUUAAUCGUCGUACUGGAAGAUCACAAGAUACUCACUCAUCAUAUGAAACAGUUGAUAAAUUAAUUAAUCCUGUACAACAUAAACCAAGUGAAUUGGAUAAUCGUAAAAUUAAGAAUGAGAAACCAAAAAUAUAUUUCGUCUGGAGAAUUAGUGAACUACCCACAGGUUGUACUACAUGUGCAGGAAACGUCACAACACCUGCAGAAUGUUAUCCAUUAGUUCCGAAAGAUACUGAGCAAAGUCAAUUUUCACAGUUUGAUCUAUUGCGACCAGUAGCUGAUUAUCUAUGCGCCUCUAUGCCAAAGCCUCCAUCAGUUUUCAGACGUUGUUCCGACUAUUGUGGUGUACGAUGGUCAGCUAAACCAGUUCUAACAGGAAAAACAUCAAAUGGUAUUCAUGACUUUUAUACUAGUAGCUGUUCAGCACGAUGUAAUGAGGGUCAUGAAGCUGUCGAGUAUGUGUGUGAAGAAUAUAUUGUACCUGCUGAACAAAAAGAUAAGUCAAAAGGAAUUUGGAGAGUUGCUCAACUAGGAGAACUUGUAUGCCACAAAGCAGGCUUGGGAAAAGCUCCACCACAACCAGCUUAUGUUACAUGUAAAGGUUCAUGUUAUCCUGUGUAUUGGAUUUUAUCGAAUUGGACAGAAUGCAACAGUUCUUGUGGAGAUGGAAAACGUAAAAGAAUUCUUUACUGUCAAGAUGAAAUUGGGCAAAAUUGGCCUCUCAAUGAAUGUAUGACUUACGGUGAAUCAAUGAUUCACCAUUCAAAAGCUCCAAAACAAUCUGUCACCAUUCAUUCAGCUCAAGAAAUCUUUCUACUUUAUCAACAAAAUAACAAUUUCCAACUAUCGCUUGAACACAAUUUAUAUAUUGAACAAUAUGAUGAAUGCUUUUCUUUAUCUGAAUGUCGAAAUGAUAUUAAUUGGUCUACAACUAAAUGGUCCGAAUGUGAACCGUUGGAUGAACAGAUGAAGUCCAAUUGUCGUCUAGUUGAUAACAUUACGGAUCGAAAAGAUUUAAUCAAUAAAAUUAUUGGUGUUCGUUACCGGAAUGUUUCAUGUAUCAUUGAUAAUAAUGAUAAUUAUCAUAAUUCACUAAACAAAUAUAUAAUGCCUGAUCAACUGACGUCGAGUUAUUUUAUGAAAAGAAUACAAUUAGAUUUAAAUUUUUGUCGUAAAGCUAGUAUGCUUGGGGAGCUAGUGGAAGAACCACAUGGUAGAGAAGCCUGUACUCAACCAAAAUGUUACAGAUGGGGAAAUGGACAAUUGUCAGCGUGUUCUGUAAAUUGCGGAAGCGGAGUGAAACAAACUCGAAUAUCAUGUGAAAGUGUUAUAUUAAAAGAUGAUUUGGAUACAAGCUCUAAUGAAAAAAAUGUUGUUUUACAAGGAAUACAUAUUGUUGACAAUGAUAAGUGUUUGCAAAAUCUUCAGUAUAUGCCACGUUUAUUUACUGAUAAAACAAACGAUACUAUAUUUGUGGAAACCGUUGAACGACGAAUAAAUAAUGAUCAAGAGAUGAUACCUAUAAAAGUUGACAAUAUAAACGAGCCUGUUGUGCUGACUUGCAAUGAAGCUCCAUGUGAUUUGCGUGUACCAGCUUGGAGAACAACAUCAUGGAGUGCAUGCUCCAGUUCUUGUGGGCUGGGUGUUAGACAAAGAAACGUUAUGUGUGUAGUCGAAACACAAAAUGCGAAUCUACAUAAACGUCAUUCAGUAUCAUAUACUUCUAUAUUUACGGCGAGUCGAUCCAAUAUUGAAGUAGUUGAUUCACAAAUAUGUUAUAAUGCAUUAUUGCCUGUGCCAACGGAACAAGAAACGUGUCUUGAAGCUCCGUGCCCUAUAUGGCAUGCUGAAGAAUGGCAAGAAUGUAUAGGUGAGUGUGAGUACGGAAUACAACAUCGAAAAAUUAGAUGUAUCAUUGAAUUGACCUCUUCACAACAAAUAAAUAAUCAUUUACAAAAAUCGGAAGAUGAUAGUUCAUUACGUCUAUCGAUAAAUCAUCUUGAUUCUUCUUUAAUUCGUCGAUCACGUUCAACAAAUGUAAUGGAUGUUGAUCAUGAACGUUGUCGAAAUGCCGGUGCCAAACCAAUAUCAGAAAGACCAUGUUUAAUAAACCUAAGUUGUCCUUAUUGGUACAAAAGUGAAUGGUCAAAAUGUUCAGUAAAUUGUGGCAUGGGAGUACGAUCACGUCAAGUUGUUUGCCGAUCUUCAAAUGGGACUGUAAUUAAUGUUGAGACAACAGAUGAUAAACAGGUAUUUUAUUACAACACAGAGACAUCUCAUGUAAAUUCACUUCAAUAUGCCAUACAGACUAUAAAAAAGAGUGCCACAACAAGACGCAAAUGUCUAAGUCCACGUCCUAUUGAUAAAGUUUCAUGCAGAACGCGUCCAUGUACAGGAUCAGAAGUAUUCUGGUGGCCCGUUACAUCAUCUGAGUGCAAUAUAACGGGAUGCGAAUUGACCAAACGUGAAAGAAUAAUCAAAUGUAUCAGUCCAAGACGUGGUCCAGUUCAUGAUGCGGUUUGUAAUCAUUUAGAAAAACCAUUGAACUGGACCAUUUGUGAAUUGUUCAAAUGCAAACGAUUUGAAUGGAGUACAGGAUCUUGGAGUUUAUGUCCAGAUACUUGUGAAUCAAGAAUGAGAUCUCGUCAAGUAAAAUGUGUAGAUGAUUUAGGUAAUGAAUAUUCAGAGACUUUAUGUCCAGCGAAUCUGAAACCCAGUAAUCGUGGUGUAUGUCCAAAUUUAUGUGCAGAUGUCCCUAAAAGUUGUCGUGAGUUAAAAUAUCGUUAUCCUUCAGCUGAUGAUGGCACAUAUCAAUUAUUAAUUGAACAAUCCUUAGUUUAUAUUUAUUGUGCAAACAUGGAAUCUUCAAAUCCAUCUGAAUACAUCACUUUACGUCAGAUUAACUAUGCUGCAUCAUCAGAAUUCUUACAACCGUAUCCUGAUUUAAAAUGGUGUCCCUCAGUCAACCAAAACACCUCAAUGUUCAAUAUAUCUAAAAAUAUUUACCAACCAAAUUCAAAUUUUGAUUCAUCAAAAGAUAUUCCUGAAUCACUUCUAACUAGUAUGGAAGUUAACCACGUCAACUGUCCGAAUUGUCCAACAGUGUCGAAUUUAGCAUCAAAAACAUUCUAUAACAAAAUCCGAUUGGAUAUAUACAGUUUAGAAGUAAAAAUUGAUGAUGGACGAUUUUCGCAUACUCUCGGUUCAUCAGUGAUGCCGUACGGGACUGCAAAAGAUUGUUUCUCAUCAACCGUUUGUCCUCAGGGGCAAUUUCAAAUCGAUUUGAGAGGUACAAAUUUCAAGGUGAGCGUUAAAACACGUUGGAUCAUUAAUAAAAUUAAUGACGGUGUAUCUCAUAUUCAUCGAUUACAAGAUGGUCAAAUAAUAUAUGGUCGCUGUGGAGGACACUGUACAGGAUGUUGGCCUCAAACUGGAUUAUUUCUUGAAGUCAAGCCAGAUUAAAACUCAAGUUAUUCAUUGAAGUACGCACAACUGGAUAAUUCUCAUAAGAUAAUUCAAUAAUUUGUACACACACAGACAAAAAUAUUCAUAAAUUAGGCAGCUUUCGGACAUUGAAAACAAACCACAUUGGGAUAAACAAACUCAAUGAACAAAUUAUAUUUUAAACGAUACAAGAAUAGGAAAUGAAUCCUUUUUUUAUUGUAAAUAAAACUAUUAGCAAUCAAUAAUCAUUAAAUUCAUUGUCGAUUAAGAGUUAAUAUAGUUCUAAUUUCAUUUGUCUAUUUAGUUGCAUAUUGUUGAAGUUCUUCUCAUUCUAUCUAGUUUUAUUUUAAUGAAUUAAUAUAUUUGAACAAAUAAGACAAUGAAUUAGGUAGCAUAAAAUAUAGUUUCUUUUUUUUCUUUAUUUCAUAAAAUUGACUUUUCCGGCUGGGUAUAGUUAUCUUCUCCUAUUCUCAAAUGAUUCAUAUAAAUUUUAUUGUUUUUUUGAAGAUUUCAUAGUGCAUUAUUAAAUUAAAUAUUUAUUCAUGGUUAGAUUUAAAACAAAAUAUUAUAAACAUAAAACUACCUCUUUUCUUGUUGAAUUGAACUUUAGACAAUCAUAUUCAAUUUAUUCAUUAAAACAAAAAUAAAAUUUUAUCUUAACCUUAAUUAAUUCUCUAUUUUAUAUUAGGUUUAAAUGAAAGCAUUAAUAUACAAUAACAUUUUAUAAAGCUCACUAAACUAACCUAAAGCAUAAGAAAAGUUUUAGUUGAUUAAAAGUUAGAAACUUUCAUAUUUACAAAGCUUUAAAUAAUAUUUUGAGACAAAUCAAUUGUUCCAAUCGAACAAUGGUCCCUAGACAAAUGAAACAUGAUAAUGAACAUUAUUAUUAUUGUCUAAUAAAAAAAUGUUACAUUCCAAUCCCAUGGGACUUGAUCAAUUGAAUGUUCAGUUGUUUUCAAACUAUUCAAUCGAUGUCAAUAUAACACACAAACAUAUUUUCUUUAAAGAAAUAAUCAAAACUGAUGAACAUUUAAAAAAUAGUACAACUAGAAAAGUAUUCAAAUUGUCUUUAUAAAAGCAAUAAAUAAAAGUGAUCAGGAUUAUAAAUACUAUAAUUAUUAUUAAUUGUUUAUAUUAUGGGGCUUGAUAAUGUUUUUGUCAUAUUCGUUACUGUUUAUUCUGUAUUCCUUACUAUCACUCCAUUUAGUCAGUUUCUUUUCACCUUAAUAUGAAUACUCUUCGUUGUUAAUGUGUCUUAUUUACUACGAAUUAUGAAACUGGUUGAAGGACUGCCGUCGAAAUAAUUUAUGUAAACACUAAUUCAAUACAACUAUACUAUGAUUACGUUACUCGUUUUUAUUGUCCUAUUUACAUUGAUCUUUUCCUACUGUCACAAACCGAUACAACAAUUCAGUGGUGCAAAAUAAAACAUUUCCAAAUUUAGUUGUUAUUUUCCGCGUUACCUUUGUUCUAAUUUUCAUUUUGGAGUGUUGAAUUUUUACUAAGACAAUUUUGUUGCUCUUUUUCAGUUUUUUUUUAUCAAGAAAAUAAAGUAAAAAGCUUGUUUUGAUUAUUAGGAAUAUUCACUUUUCUAAAUGUUCAAUGUGAAAUUAUUGAACGUUGAACCUACGACAAGUGGAAACCUUUUAUGUUUUUAUUUAUAAUGUACGGUUUUACAUAUUUGUAUGUUAAUAGAUAUAUUUCUUCUAUUUCACUGUGUGUGCAACAUAGGUUUAUAUGUAUUGAAUAACGAAUAUUAAUUAUAUUCUGUAUACAUAUUCUACUGUGUACUAUGAAUAUAUAUAAAUAUAAG